GACCCACACAUGGAACUUUCCACGAUCCCAUCAACACAACUGCACUGUUCAAUUAAUCUCUUUCUUUUUCCCUAAAAGGGCCAUUUGCCAUUUCGGUUUUGCUCCCAACCAAGAACACCACGACCAUAUAAACUCCGGUAAUUUUUAAUUUCGUCUUUCUCUCUAUUUCCUACAUCAUAUUAACUGAAAAUUCACAAUUUUAAUGUUGUCAAACACAUCGACGAACUGUCUUAGUCUACUGAUUUUAGGGAAGUUUAAGGUGGUGUGAAGCUGCUGUUAAGACAGAGUUCAAUAACUAACCGUUUUGGGUUGUAAUUCUUGAUCCUUGAGUUCUUUGGAAAAUGAGAGUGAAGAUUUUGGUGGCUCUUUCCUGUUUCUGUGAAGAUAUGUAUAAUUAGGACAAAGGGGUGUUUUUUGCUGGUUCUAAAUUCCGUAAUUGUUUGGAACAGUGAUAUCUAGUACAAACAGCAGAAGCCUGAAUUAGGACAGAUGGGUUCUUUUCCAGGGCAUGUUCUUCCCGGAACGCUGUUUCUUGUUGUUGGUAUGUGGCACGCAUGGUGCUCGAUAGUUAGAUACUUGUCGGAUCCUAAGUCGUUCCGUGUCAGGGUUUGGAACCCUGUUCCGGGUUUCAGUGGGGGGCUCAAGUACUUGGAGCUCUACGUUAUUGUAAUCGGUGGCUUCAUUGAUCUUUGUAUAGAGUUUUUGUACUCGACCCAUCUCAAGAUCUUUGUUCAUGGAGUACUGAACCCUUCUCACAUGAACAACUUUGAGCACUCUGGCAUGCUGCUCAUGUUCUUCAUAUUCGGCCUCAUAGCGCUGCUCUCUGAGAAGACAAGCUUUCUUCCCUUACCAGAAGGAGCGUUAUGCUUCAUAGCUUCAGCAGCAUUCACGGCAGAGUACGUCCUAUUCUACUUCCACUCGACCACCCACAAAGGCCUCGAGGGAUACUACCACUUCAUCCUUGUCGUCCUCAUAGGCCUCUGCAUAUUGUCUACUGUUGCUGGAGCCCUGAUGCCAACCAGUUUCCCAGUCGAUUUAUUCAGUGGCAUCGCUAUAACACUCCAAGGCCUCUGGUUCUACCAGACAGCGUUCACCCUCUACGGCCCAAUGAUGCCACAUGGUUGCCGGCUCAAGGAAAACGAAAUCAUGUGUCAUUCAACUGAAUAUGAAGUCCACGGCGAGCUGCUCGCUAAUUUCCAGCUAUUUGUUCUGGUUUUUGGUGUUCUUGUUGCUGUUGCCGGUGCGUAUAUCUAUGCAGAGCCGAGAUAUGGUGAGUCUACUCGCAUGGCCUCAGACGGCUCUGAGGAUAGCUGAGACUCGAUCAGCAUUGACGGCCAUGUUAUCGUGUUUUGAGUUUUGUGUUGAGGCAUCAUAGUGGUUAGCAUCCUCUUCUUUACAUGUUGGUGUAGGGUAUUGAUGUGUAGGUAUAGAGGUAUAAAUCAGAAUGCAAUACUCCUAGAUUAAAAUUGCAGGAAAGAGUUGAAACCAAAUUGCACAGAACUUGGACAGGAGUUACAACUUAUCCUACCUUGUAUGCCUACAACAUAAUUGUCAAGAUUCCUUAAUGUUCUCAUCUCCGGCAGCCGGAUGUAAGAUAAGCUAUAAUUGGAUCGUGAGGCGGGUCUCAAAUUUUAGAGUUUUGGAUCCGAAUUCGUCUCAAA